AUGGUGUCUCAACGACCCCCCGAGCAUGUUAUCGAUCGCACUCCCGAGUACGAGGACUUCAUCAACAAGCUGAGAGACUUCCACACCGAGCGAGGUACCAGGUUCGACCCGGAGCCCAAGAUCACCCCGUACCAGCUCGACCUUCUGAAGAUCUUCAACCACGUCGUCCAGAGCGGCGGCUAUGAUAGGAUCACCGACGAGAAGCUGGCCUGGCGCAGGAUCUGCGCAGAGCUUGGGAUCCGCGCCACCAACGAGGCAGCCGCUGCAUUCAGUCUCAAGACCGCCUACUACAAGAACCUCGCUGCCUACGAGAUCCGCACCGUCCACAACCAGACUCCCCCGCCUCCAGAGAUCCUCGAGGAGACAUCAGCCAAGGGCGGCUCCCUCCUGACCCGCACCCUAAGCAACUUCAAGCCGAAGGACCGUCGCGACACCUCCACUCAGAACUCGCCUGCACCAUCUGGUGACGAUGGAACACCCGCGCGUGAGAACAGACCCGAAGAGCCCCCCAGCACAGGCCGCGCUGCCAGAGGUCUGCGUCAAGCCCCGCCCCAGAGAGUCAUUUUCCAGCCCGAGACUGGCCCGACGCGACCAUCGCGGCACUCUUCAGCACAGCAUCACGGUGGUUCCUCGACACCGCAAGGCGCGCACAGCUCCCACGGCCACGGCCACGCAAACUCGCAGGGCAAUGGGCACGGCCAGAUUCAAGGCUCGAGCCGCAUGCCCUCGCAUCAGAUGACCCACGCACCCCUCGGCCAGAUUCCCCAGCCGCACAUCGUUCGCGGCGGCGCGUCUGCGAGUUUCACCCCCCAGAGUUACGUGUACCAAUCUCCGACCGUCGAAAGGUUCCGACCACCAGCCAAUGUGCCACUGCCCCUCCGUCCUGUCGAGACACCGUCAAAUGCGCCGGCAAAGUUUGUCAGGGCGAGGCGCCCGCUGGAUCCUGCACCUCCCGCGCCGAAUCGCCAGGCCCCAUUGCCUGGUAGCUUGCCAGUCCAACCUUCUCCCUUCGAUGGCCCUAAUAUUUACGCCCGAUGCCUGUACGCCCUUCGUUCCGGAAUCGCAGAGGAGCAAGCAUUUGCACUCCACCACCUUUUGAAGAUAUCAUAUGAGAGAGGCGAUCGCUACAAGUUUGAUGCCUUUCCUGGAUUGGCAGAAGGUCUAGUGGAAAUGGCACUGAAAGUCGGCAGCCUCUUCUGGGAUGUCAACUUCACCAUAUCCUACGAUCCCGAGGCCGAAGGCGAUGACAUUGGGGAGCUAGACGGCGUCAAUGGCACAGCGGAUAUUAUUGAACGGAUCGACCAGCUGCAGCUUCGUACUGGGCAGGAUCACAUACAGCCCGCCAAUUUCGCUGACCAGAUGGUCUUGAUCACAGAGGCUUCUCUUGCCAUCCGCAAUAUGCUCAUGCUGCGGGAGAAUGGAGAGUCGAUGGCUGACUUCCCGCCACUUCGGGAUCUCUUAUGCAUCAUUCUCCGCUUGCCGUCCAGUGAGACUACCGUGGAGCUGAAGCAUUGCGCGCUGGACAUCGCAGAACAGCUCACCCCUGAGCUAGCCCUGGGUGCCGACGACCCUCUCUACCGCUCACUCCUCGCUCAGCUGAUGUCGAACGACCGUGGCCAGAUACUGACAUCUCUGCGUGCUCUUGGCCGCAUAUCGAUGAACCUUGCAGAGGCCAACAAGCUUGGGGACGUCCCUCUGGAUAUUCUGGAGACGAUCAUUGAUUGGCUGAUGCUUAAUGAUGAUGAGCUUCUGGAUGCCUGUCUGGAUUUCUUGUAUCAAUACACGGCUGUUGUGUCCAACAUCGAGACCCUUCUCCGGUUCAGAGCGGCGAAGCCAGACAAGCCGGAAAGCCUGGUCAAACACUUGGUCCGCCUUCUUUCUCAUGGCGCCAAGCGCGUCGUUAAAGAACAGGUCAUCAAACCCGAAGUCCGCAUUCCAUACAGCGAGGAGGUCGCACCGUUGCCGCAAGAUCUGCAGGAACGCCUCUUGGCGAUGGAGGAGCCUGAGCGAUGCUACAUGUGGCUUCGUUGUCUCUUUGAAGAGGACACAGAUGCCAGCAUUACGCAGAUUGCCAUUUGGACCGCCUACCAAUCGUCAUUCAGCAGCCGACUCUCUCAGAUUGGUAAGACGAUGAUCUCGCCUGCAGAUUUCAUUAGGAAUGUGAACCACGUGUGGACGACUGCCGGCGCACAGAUCAUCAAGGCCCCAAAUGGUUCAAACCAGAAGUUCAUUAUCAAGGGUAUUCGAGCUCGGACCAGACCCGUAGAUCCAGACAACGACGGCAGGGAGUACUUCCGUUGCCUCUGGACCCUGCCGAUGAAUCCGGGCCAGAAGUUCCAGAAGUGCAACAACUUUUUCGCCAACGCAGAGAAGAUGUACGAGCACAUCCUGUUGGCACACGUACACGAGAAGCCCGACGGGGAUGGCAAGUAUCUAAACAAGGAGUCGGAUUAUCGCUGUCUGUGGGCGGGCUGUCAUAAGAUGACCGGCGAUGACAAGAUUCCACUUGGGACAUUCAUGUCGCACGUCAAGACGCACUUGAUGGCCGUCCAGCAGAACUUCGAGCCCUUGGUCACCCAGAACCAGAGCAAUGGGGCCUCGGACGGCACGUCGUCUAACAGCAGCGGGCCCAGUCCAAGCGCCAAUCCCAACAAGAGAGCCAAAAGGGCCCAUUACGUCCCUGCCAAGUCCCUGACUCUGACAUACGAGGAGACCAUGACCGCGCGAGACGAGCGCAACCCCAACGGGCCGCUGCAGCCCGCUGGCACGCCCUUCAGUGCGGUGCUCGUCCUGCGAAACAUCGCGCGCAACGUGGUCAAGACGGAGGCGCAGGAGCAGCUCUUGGAGGAGCAGAGUCGCCACGGCGUGCCUGAAGACGCGCGCGGGUGGAACGAGCAGCUGUUCCGCGUGGUGCUGCCGCGGCUGCACGAGAUCAUGACCGAGAACCGCGUGCUGGCUCAGCCCAUCUCGACGCUGCUGGAGCUGAUCGACGACCGGGGCUAG